UGCUCUGCUCUGAUAUCGCUCGAUAGCAGCUGUUGUUGUUUUUGUUUGUUGUUGUUCUUCUUCUUCUUCUACUACUACGCUUCUCUUAUUCUCCUCUUCUUCUUGUCUUCUUGGUGGUCUCGUGCCUAUCCUAGACUGUGUGAUCCGAUCUGCAUCACCAUGCGCCCCCCCCAUCCCAUCAUCGCCGCCUACAUCCUCGCCGGCGCAGUCGCAAGCUACCUCCUCCUCUCCUUCAUCGUCCCCUCCUUCUCCUCCCACAUCGUCCCCCACAGUCUACAAUGGGACCAGCCAGAGUCCAAAGACACGAACCUUGGUGGCGCGGCGAUCACUCCCGCGCCCGCCCCAGCUAUCCCCUCGCCUUCCCCUUCCCCUUCCUCGGCACCCACACCUCCUGCGCCGCUCACGCUUGAGGAGAUCCAGGAAAAGGAAAGUCACCUGCUGGACUCGAUCAAGGGUAUGGCGCGCGACGUGCUCGAGCCAAAGGGAUCAAAGAUCGUCCUUCUGAGCGCGUCGGAUGGGCAUGGGCAUAACAACGCGAUCGCGAACCUGUUUGAGCGCGCGACUUCGAAUCGGCUGCAGUACUGCGCUUUUCAUGACUACGUCUACCAAUACAUCGAUCUCUCGAGAUACGAAGCCGACGGCCGCAGCGCGGUAUGGCACAAAAUCCCCGCCAUCAAAGACACGUUCGACCUCCACCCUGACGCCGAAUGGAUCUGGUGGCUGGACAUGGACGCCAUCAUCAUGACGCCCACGCUCGACCUCGCCAGUCUGGUCCUGAACCCGGACGUGCUCGCGCGCCGCAUCACAUACGGCGAAGACAUCAACGACACAAACGGCAAGCCGACCGGCGUGCGCGUCAACUCCACCCUCGACGUAUCUGACGUUGAUCUCGUGGUCGCGCAGGACUUUAGCUUGAACGCAGGCUCGUUCUUCCUGCGCCGGUCAGACUUCACGUUCGACCUGCUCGACAAAUGGCUCGACCGCGCGAACCCCGAGUUCAAUCAAAACAACGAGCAGGACGCGCUUAAUAGGCUCAUCGUCCAGAACGAAGACAUCCGCAGCCACGUCGGGUUCGUCGAUCUCCGGCUGAUCAACGCGUUUGGGGUUGGCGGCAGGGAUAUGGGCUGGUACCCGGGCGAUUUGGUGGUGCAUUUUGCGGGGUGCUGGGUGCAUAAGGAGUGUAGCAAGCGGUUUGAAAAGUUGUGGCCGCAGCGGCAUACUUUUGAUCGCGAUUUUUGAUUAAGAUAGACUGAGAGUAUAUAGAUAGGAUUGGUCUUCCUCGUUUAUGUUUUUUUGACUAUUUCAUGUGCUUUUUGCGUAUCAUCUCAUUUUGGUUAUUUCAGUAUACAAUGCAUAUCUACACAAGUAUC